CUUGACUUGAUAUCCAAUCCAACAUCAACCAUCAACAAACGCUUUCACCAACUCCCAUCGCUUUCAUAGUUCUCUUCACUGCCUAUUACUGUUUUCCUUUUGCAGUUAAUAUCCUCAACUCUUAGUUAUUCAUUUGCAAACUUUUUCUCACUUUCUUCAUCUUACGCCCAAACUCUCCGAGUCCCCUCUUUCGCCUCCCCACCACCAACCACUCAACCCAACCGGACAUACGAAAUCCACAACCUCGCGGCACCAUAAUUUUAAGUCACGGGACAAUACGAUAUAAAUGACCUUAACGAAGGUGAGAUAAAAACAACAUACAGCAGUACCAUGUUGUCGAAUCUUGAACGGAGACUCGGCCGGGCUCUGCUGGAGCAUCCCUCCCGACAUGGUUACCGCUACACUAAGGAAGCCAGCCAAGACCUCCUCGAGCUCCUCUUCCACUCCCUAACUGGCUACAAUGAAGAAUAUCUCCGCCUGCUCUUCCCCGACGGCUUUGCAGACGGUAAAUGGAAGUUGUCUGAAGUUCAGGGUGCCGUUGAAGGGGCUGAAUAUACCGAAGCUGCACGUGGGAAACGGUGCGGGCACAUUUUCAAAAACGGCGAAGCUUCAUACCAUUGCAUGACUUGCUCUAUAGACGAUACAUGCGCGCUGUGUACGCGCUGCUUCGAUUCUUCAGAUCAUACGGGCCACAAGUAUUCUAUUUCGUUAUCUAGUGGGUAUAAUGGGUGCUGUGACUGUGGCGACGAGGAGGCGUUUAAGGUCCCUGUUCUAUGUGCUAUACAUACGGAGAUGCCGCAGGACGUUGAGGGGGCAGGGAAGUCGUCGGCAUCGUCGUCUGCUGCGCAGACGCCUGCUGAAUUGGUGGAAAGUGUUACUACAACGAUCAGCAGGGUUUAUGACUAUUUCUGCGAUGUUAUCUCGUGUUCUCCAGAGCAACUGAGGCUUCCAAAGACUGAAAAUGGCAUCAGGGAGGACGAGGCGGCAUCGAGGCUAUCGGCAGAAUGGUAUGGUGGGAGUGAUCCUGUCGAAGAGGAGCCUGAGUUUGCACUUGUCCUCUGGAAUGACGAGAAACAUACUGUUACCGAGGUUGCGAAUCAACUGUCGCGUGCCUGUCGAGAGGGGUCUAAAUUCGGGAUAGAGAAGGCCAACGAGACUCAUGAGAUUGGGAGGAGUGUGGUGAGAUACUCGAAGGAUUUGGAAAGCCUACUUUCGGUGUCGAAGAUCAUCGAGCAGAUUAGGGUUACUGUCACGUUAAGAUCUGCGAGAGAUACGUACCGAGAGCAGAUGUGUGGGACUAUUAUUGAGUGGCUUUCUGAUAUUGCGUCCUGUUCCAUUGGAGAGGACAAUCACCUGCUCAGGCAGACUGUGUGCGAUCAGAUGAUUCAACCUUGGAGACUUGGAAGCAGUGCAUCAAAUGCCGACAUUGGGAAGCACGGUAUCUAUGAUAACGAGGAGGAGGAUAGGUCGAGGAAUUACUCUGUACGAGUUGCCAUCGUUCCCGGGGGGGCCCUUGUGCAGCUUCCCAUGACUGCUGAUGAUCUGAAUCUCGGUGAUCAGGACGCAGGGGAAGAAGACCAAGAAAUGGAUGGAGAGCAGGAUGACGAUAAUGGAAUUGAGGGUGAUGGGGAUGAGGAGAUGGAUGAAGCCGAGCACGUUCGGCGUAACCUGGGACAAGUUGUAGAAGCCAUAGAAGCAAGGGCAAACACUAUUAAUGCCGACGCUGAAAUGGCGGACGACGACCUGGAAGCCGAGGAGGCUACUUUCGCUGGAUAUCCACCACCUCCACCCCCACCCCCACCACAACAGCCUCCUCAGCAAGCAGUUGACCAAGGCAUUGAUACCCCCAUUGCACCUACCGGCCCUGGCAGUGAGGGUUCUACGGGUUCCGUUUCUGGUGGAAAAAUCAAUAUUCCUCAAACUCCCGGCGUGAGAUGCGAACCUUCUGAGGGAGCACCUUCUUACUGGGAGAUUAAGCCUCGGCGAUUUUACCAUAAUGAAAAUCUAACCCCCUAUGAAGAUUUGCGGAAGAGGACAAGACUUGAUUGGAUUAUCCUCUUCGACUUGAGGCUAUGGAAGAAAACCAGGACGGACGUUCGGGAACUAUGCCUAGGUACCGUCGUCAACAUACCGCAGUUCAAACGCAUCCUCGGUCUGCGGUUCUCUGCUUUAUAUACCGCUCUCGCCCAGUUGUAUCUGAUCGCGGAUCGGGAACCAGACCAUUCUAUCAUUAACCUUUCUCUACAACUAUUGACAACCCCUUCUAUAACCGAAGAAAUUGUCGAACGGGGGAACUUCUUGACGAAUAUUAUGGCUAUUCUUUAUACCUUCCUUACCACUCGCCAGGUCGGGGAACCCCAAGAUGUUAACCCUAACGCGACUCUCUCAAUAGACACUGGCUCGGUAACUAACAGACGACUAUACCAUUUCUUCCUUGACCUGCGCUAUCUCCUUCUAUCUGAUCAUGUCAAGAGUCGGAUCCGUAAUGAGCGUCAGUAUCUAAAUCAGUUCCUGGACCUCGUUAAACUCCCGCAGGGCAUUUGCCCGAAUGUUCGCGCAGUCGAAGCCCACGUUGAAUAUGAGACUGAAGGCUGGAUUGGGGCAUCUAUUCUGAUGCGCGAAAUUAAUCGCUUGUGCCGUCUGUUCUGUGAAGCCUUCCGUAAAAACGAAUCGGAAGAAGACGCUGCUCACAUCUAUGAUGCAAUAGCUACUGCCGCUUAUUCAACGAUGGUUAACUCACUAGGGGUGGAGCAACAUCGCUUUAACCAAGCUGAGAUUAAAGACUACGUCCGCUUCAAGUCUGUUUCAUACGUCGAAUUCGAAAAAGACGCUUUCCAGAAGGUUUCGCACCAUCGAAUCGUCGAAUUUGCGGUGGAGCGCGGUGCGAUCAGUUUCCAUCAUGCACUCCAUUAUACACUCUCCUGGCUGUUGGAAUGUGGACGGGAUAUGUCACAAGAUAAAAUGAGAGAUGUGCUACUCCGCACCGCGGGGAUGGUUAAAUCUCAGCAACUAGUCGAUACGCCCAUCCCAAAUCUUAGUCUGGAUGAUAUUUUACUCACCAUGUUUGAUUACCCCUUGCGGGUGUGUGCGUGGCUCGCACAGAUGAAAGCUGGGAUGUGGGUGAGAAAUGGGCUCAGUCUUCGACAUCAAAUGGGUCAGUAUCGCGCAGUUACCACCCGUGAAAUGGCAUUUUAUCGGGAUCUCUUUUUGCUGCAGACUGCUUUUGUCGUUUGUGAUCCUAGUAGGUUUCUUGCGAGCAUGAUUGACCGUUUCGGUGUUGGGGACUGGAUGCGAGGCGGCUAUGCGACUAGACCUGGCUAUGACGAUGCCAAACAUGUGGAUAUUCUGGAAGAGAUGAUUCAUUUAAUGAUCGUCUUGGUCACCGAUCGAACGUCGCUGACAGGCGUGGACGAUGGCGACAAUGCUCGGAAUAGUACUAUGGCUAGAGAUAUUGCGCAUGCACUAUGUUUCAAGCCGCUGUCGUAUACUGACUUGACCAUUCGCAUGAGUGAUAAGUCUGGAGAAUCGGGCAAUUUACAGGAGGUGUUGGCUGAGGUCGCUACGUUCCGUCCCCCUGAAGGCAUGAAUGAUACAGGCACUUUUGAAUUGAAGCCUGAUUAUCUCGAUCUCGUGGAUCCAUACUGCACAUACUAUACUAAGAACCAGAGAGAAGAGGCCGAGAACUCAUAUAAGCAGUGGAUGGCGAAGAAGACAGGCAAAGAUGCAUCGUCAAUUGUGUUCGAGCCGAAACUUCGCGUGAUACGGUCGGGAGCCUAUGUUGGGCUUUCUGACUUUACCCAAACUCCAUUGUUUGCUCAAGUCAUUCAUCACUGCCUGGACUACUGUUUGACGGCCGAUACUGUAACCAAAUCAAUCACUGUCACGAGGAUCGAGACACUUUUGCAUCUGGUCCUUCACCUGAUUCUCUUAGCUACCCUCGAAGAUCACGUCCUUGAAGAUGACGCGCAUGACAAUGCUGCGGGACAACCUGACUCGACGGAGUCUUUCAUCUACCACGCUCUGUUCAGGACCAAGUUUACUAAAACCGCGGAGAUAGGCAUUAUCGGCUUGCUUCAAAAUAUAUCAACGGUGCCUGAAUUUUCCUCCUGUGGACCAAAGAUUCGUCACAUUUUGAAGAAAUUUUGGCAGAAGCGCCCAAAGUCUUAUGCUGCUGCCACAAUUGCUCUUAAAUUUCCAUUCGAUAAUAUCGAGACUCCAUCGCCGGCUGUCAGGACGGAGAGCGAGCUCGAGCUUAAAAAGAAACAAGCACUCGAUCGACAGGCGAAAGUGAUGGCUCAGUUCCAGCAGCAGCAGCAAAACUUUUUGCAGGCACAGGGUUCUAUUGACUGGGGCGAGGAUGAUGAUAUGAGCGAGACUGGAGAGCCGAGCAUUCUCAGUCCCACCGAAAAGAAGCUGUGGAAGUACCCAGAUGGUCGAUGUAUUCUGUGCCAGGAAGAUACUAACGAUUUGCGCAUUUACGGAACCUUCGCUUUCAUGGCAAAUAGCAGACUUUUCCGACAAACUGACAUGGAAGACUCGAGUUAUGUUGGAGAAGUAUUGAAAGUCCCUUCGAGUCUCGACCGUUCUGCCGAGAAUAUUCGUCCCUUUGGUGUUGCUAGAGAGAAUCGAAAAAUGAUACGGAGCCUUGAUUCGACAGGGGGUGAAGUAAUUACAGAAAAGCAGGGUUUGGGUAAAGGCUUCAAGCCGAAGCACACAAUAGAAGGCCCCGUUACGACGGGUUGCGGACAUAUUAUGCACUACCACUGCUUCGAGGAUUAUUAUGCCGCCGCGCAAAGGAGGCAUCAACAUCAGGUUGCUCGCAAUCAACCUGAAAGGUUACGUCUCAAUGAAUUUGUGUGUCCACUGUGCAAGGCUCUAGGAAAUGCCUUCCUACCAAUCAUUUGGAAGGGCAAGGAGGAGUCCUACCCUGGAGCGUUAAGCACGAUAGACUCUUUCGAUGAAUUCUUGAACGAAACCCUGGUGUACUCUGUGACUAGAUUCCGAAAUCAUGCUCUGAUCAUGGAGAGUGAUAAGCUUUAUUCUUCGGGAUAUCAGGAAUUGUUCGUCGAUUACGUAUCUAAGAAUUUUAUAACCCCCUUGUCCCACAAGGUGAAUCAAUUGGCAACACCCACCCUUCCGGAACUGCUAUCUUUCCCACAACCGACCAGGCUGCAAAUGCCAGGCCUAUACCCUCCAGCAGAUGAAAUCACCUCCAUGGAACCUCCCCCUACGCAACCAACUACUAUUUCCACCACGACAGCCAGCGACUCCAUGGUCGCGGAGCUUGUUACUAUCUACAAAAGGCUGAGAGAUACCAUCCGCACCAACGGAAUCCAGUCACAAUUCGGGUAUCAGGGGAAUGUAUCGGACGACCUUAUCCAUACUGACGUCCUGCUCAGAAGCCUUGGGCUUUCCAUUACAGCGGCGGAAAUUGCGCAACGGGGUGUUGGAUCUGAAGGUGGCACCACGUUAUUAGCUCAAAUUCCGCAGAUGACCUUAACUCACCUUCGUGUUCUAUCGGAAACUGCUUUUUCGUACUGCUCAAUCGGAGGACUAAACACUACGACGACAAAUAAAACCGUCUAUGAAUUUAGGGAUAUGCAUCGACGGAGACUCUGUCAGCUAUUCGUCGGGCACCCGGAACUGUCAGGUUUAUCUGACCUAGCUUAUGAAAACAAGUCCAUCGAACCGUUACUUCGGCAGGAUAGUUUCGUGUUCCUUUCUGAAUGCUCGCUGUGCAUAGUUCCUGUGCUGAAUCUUGACAUUCUCCACGUCGUUCGUCUGUGCUAUAUCGCGGAAAUCGUAAAGACCUUCCUAGGAUAUAUUUUGCAACCAAAGGGCUUCCUUGAAGUGUUGGAAAAUCAUGGUUCGGAAUCAUCUACAGACGAUGAUCCCAUGGGCCCACAUGAAUCCUUGACGCGUGCUAUGUUUGAUUGGCUUGUGAAGACGUACCGGGCGUCAUCAGUCGAUAGCACAUUGCCUGAGGAAGGAAGCUCCUAUCUUCUUAAGCACGCUGAGGACGUCUCGAUCGAAACGUUGAAGAGCCUCCGGCGACUAAUUGACAUAUAUGCUCUCCCUUUCCUCCGAAAAGCCGUGAUUUUACUCCAUGUUCAGUUUGGGGUCGAAUUCCCUAAUACCGGUUCCGACUAUAACGACUUGGCAGAGAUUGACCGCCUUGCGACGCUACUCAAUCUUCCAUCCAUCGAUAGCAUUUUCGAUUCGCUGGUCAAGAACGACGGAGAAGAUAACGAGAAUUGCAUGGCGCAGCUAGUUUCUGGGUGGAUUUCGCAUUUCAUUUCCUGGUUGCCUGAAACGGACGAUGAUGAACAGGAGGAGCAGCAGGAGCAACAAGAUCAGCAACAACUGGCUACCUUGUCACUUCCGCACCCUGCGAUUUUCGAGCUAGUGGGCCUUCCCAAGUAUUUUGACACCCUUUUAGACGAGGCUACGAGGCGCCGUUGCAAAACUACUGGCAAAGAACUCACGGAUCCAAGCAUUUGUCUCUUCUGUGGUGACAUCUUCUGCUCACAGGCCGUUUGCUGUCGACCUCUGGGUGAUCGGAAACUGGGUGGCUGUAAUCGUCAUGUUGCUAAAUGCGGUGGGAACAUCGGCCUCUUCAUCAAUAUCCGCAAAUGCAUGGUCUUGUUCCUCCAUAACAAGAGUGGUUCCUGGCAUCAUGCCCCUUACCUGGAUAUUCAUGGCGAAGUUGACCCAGGUUUCAGACAUCAUAGACGCCUGAUAUUGAAUCAGAAGCGGUAUGAUCGGCUUCUCCGCGACGUGUGGCUGGCGCAUGGAGUACCUGCCGUGAUUAGUAGAAGGCUAGAGGCAGAGAUUAAUAACGGGGGAUGGGAGACUAUCUAAGUUUUGCAUGUUGCUAUGUUUGGGAUUGGAAAUUUGGAAUUGAAACGCUUGGGCAUGCUGGGCAUAAUAUGUUUUGUGAUUGAGUCAUGAAUUUCUCACCCUCUUUUGGUUGAACAGUGCAAACCGUUGGAUUCAUUUUUGGUUUGCGUUUUCAUUUCCCCCGUUUAUUUUUCGGACGUGCUCUUCGUUUUUAUUGUAUUAACUAAGAAAGCUUUUAAGUGAAUAUCCUUCUUUGUGUGCUCUACCUGUCACUCUUCUUCCGGUACACUUAUUUAUCCAUUCGAUAGUGCUUAAUCCCCCGUGUAUCUAUCACGAUAUGUAAGGCAAGGACGAGAUUGUUGAUUACGUAAUCCAAAUCGCCUCGCGUCAAGCUCGGCCGAAGCUCCUCAA